CUUUAACGCCGGCAAGGAGGCCAGGACGCCUCGCCCGAGGCGCUUCCAGGGCGCAGACCCAGUGCGCACGCGCAGACACCCAGACCCGGAAGUAGCUCGGGGCCGGGCAUGGCGGCGGCGGCUGAGGGCGUCCCGGCGACGCGACGAGAGGAGCCGGCCAGAGACGAUGCCGCCGUCGAGACAGCCGAGGAAGCGAAGGAGCCGGCCGAGGCCGAUAUCACGGAGCUCUGCCGGGACAUGUUCUCCAAAAUGGCCACGUACCUGUCCGGGGAGCUGACGGCUACCAGUGAAGACUAUAAGCUCCUGGAAAACAUGAAUAAGUUAACCAGCUUGAAGUAUCUGGAAAUGAAAGAUAUUGCUAUAAACAUUAGUAGAAACUUGAAGGACUUAAACCAGAAGUAUGCUGGACUACAGCCUUACCUGGAUCAGAUAAACGUAAUUGAGGAACAGGUAGCAGCACUUGAACAGGCGGCCUACAAGCUGGAUGCAUAUUCAAAAAAACUGGAAGCCAAGUAUAAGAAGCUGGAGAAGCGGUGAAAAACAUUCCUAUAGCGUAAGGCCCUUUUGAAUAUGGAAGAAUAUUUUAUAGCAUCUGAAUUCUGAGGCUGAUAAAAUAUCAAAGUUCCUCAAAAGGAAACCUCGCUGGUCACACCAGGAACAUCUCAAUGUUGAAUAAACUUGAGGACAAUGGAUACUCCUGGACCUUCUGUGAGGCAAUAUCUGCCAGAAAUUCACACAACUCCUUAUUACUUGAACGCUUCAUCAUCCAUUCAAUACAGACACUCUCUGGAAGUUCAGGAUAAACCUGGGCUUUCCAGUAGAAGCGAAUGAGAGGACCUAUUUCUCUGGCAGUGGUUAUUAUUUUCUUAAGUGGCUGGUUUUGGAGUUCCUGUGUAAAUGGUUUUUUUUUUUUUUUUUGGU